AUGGCAUCGGCUUUAGGAAGUCAAGCAAUCCUGGAAAUUAACGAAAAGCCUUUCAAUGAGAAAGAUGGCACGGACAAACCUCAUACAGUGGCCAGUGGGUUUACCCCAUCGGAAGGAGGGUGGGGUUGGGUGGUAUGCUUUACUUCUAUGCUCGCCAAUGGAAUUGUGCUGGGGAUCAUGAAUACAUUUGGAAUUCUGUAUGUCCCUAUACGGGAACGCUAUGCCGGAGAAGAUCCUGACGACGUUUCUUUCAAAACUGCCUGGGUUGGGUCUGUCUGCACAGGUCUCACCCUCUUCCUCUCCAUAACCGCAUCCAUCCUCACCGACCAAAUUGGAAUACGACCCGUAUCUUUCUUUGGAGCUCUUCUCGGCUCAGUCGGACUUGUGGCAAGCGCUUUCGUAGAACAGUUAGAGCUGUUGUAUUUGACGUAUGGAGUCCUGCUCGGCGUCGGCAGUUCUCUUCUUUAUGGGCCAUCACUCACUAUACUAGGACAUUAUUUCAAAAAGCGGAUUGGCGUAGUCAACGGCUUAGUGGUGUGUGGAAGCCCAAUACUGACAGUAAGCCUCUCCUUGCUCCUACCUUAUCUGCUUGGCGCAAUCGGACUCAAGUACACUUUCAUUUUCCUCGGUGGCCUGUAUUUCAUGCUCAUGUGGAUGACGCUAACGUGGCGUCCUCAAAUCCAUAAGGAAUCAAACCUCGCCCACAUGACCCUGUCUACAGAAAGUAUUGCGCUAAAGAUGAACGAAUGCUACGAGUUUACCAGAAAAUAUUUAAACUUCAAAAUAUGGCGCAAUAAGAAAUACGUCAUUUGGGUGCUGUCUCUUGGAGUAGCCCUGUUUGGUUAUUUCGUUCCAUUUGUUCAUCUGGUAAAACACACUGCAGAUGUGUUCCCCGGAAGUAACGGGAACUUAUUGGUCAUGUGUAUGAGUAUCACUUCAGGUGUGAGUCGAUUAGUGUGCGGAAAGUUGGCUGAUUUUAAGAGAAUAAAUAUCAUCUUGUUACAACAAACUGGCUUCAUUAUUCUCGGUGCCACAACCAUAUGCAUCCCUUUCGCUGGGAACUUUGCCAGCCUCAUCGCCAUUUGCCUCCUCAUGGGUAUUUGUGAUGGAAUCUACGUCUGUCUCCUUGGACCAAUUGCUUUUGAACUCGUUGGACACAGCAAUGCCUCCCAGGCUAUCGGAUUUCUUCUGGGGUUGAUAUCUGUUCCUAUGAUGGUUGGACCUCCUGUGGCAGGUUUUAUGUACGACUCACUGGGCACCUACAAACUAGCCUUCCACGUUUCUGGAAUCCCGCCAAUAGUUGGUGCCUUACUCAUGUUUCUCACGCGGAGAGUGUCAUCGAAAAAGGACCCGUCUUUAGAGUUAAACGAUAUUAUGCUAGAAGAAGAUGACGUCACCAAGGAAGUGAUCAAAGUAGAAGAAAUAGAUGAUGGCACACCUGCAAGUCAAGAGCCAGGUGACAAGGAAAAUGGGAUAAUUAGGGGCAAUGCAAGUGAUGAAGCUGGUGAAGACAAAGAUAAAUCCAUCAAAGAGAAUCUGUUGCCCUCCAAAUGAAAACGCUUUCUUUGAGUGGGUUACCUACCGUUACUGACGACGCUUAUAUCUGACGACCCGAUGCUUGAGAAAAACGAUAUGUAUAAU